UUUAUCCCUAUCGAAAACACGCCAAUCUUCAUCAAUUCCGUCAAUCUUAUCAUUAUGCUGUCGUCCAAGAUGGCCAAUGGCCAUCGUCUUGACACCAAACUCAUUGACUUCCUUGCCAUGAUGGCACAGAAUAUCGACCAUGGCUCAGAUAUCCGCUCUGAGCAAUGGCGAGAUGGUGCUCCAUCUGCCUCAUCGAGCCAGAACAUUGCCAGAGGGCAAAGAUUCUCCUGUUUGUCACUUCUGAUUCUAUCCCCAUGCCCUUAUGGCCAAUUUUCACUUCAUUCCAACCGUUGCCGACUUCGAAGGCCAUCCAAUUGAGCUCUACAGUAUUCUUGACCCCGCCGUUCAAGGUUGGAUAUCUGGCGAGCAAGAGUUUGAAUUUCACAGGGCCUUUCUUGCCAUGGAGAGAAGGGCGAACGAACAUCUCGCACACCUGACACAGAAAUAUGGCAUUUCAACGAGAGUAUACGACCUUUACUAACAAUCUCCAGACGUACUGUCGCCGAGAAAAUUAAUUUUUGAAGGCAUGACCCCCGUGGAAUCGAGGAGCGUAUCCGGACCCAGAAUAUUUGCUAUGAGGCAUUCGAACACCAGCUUCGUCUGAGUGAUGUGGAAAAAAAGAUCCUGGUAAAUAUCACAAAUUGCUUUGCUCGAGACGCAAUGGUGUUCUGGCAUUGGCUAGAAAACAACCGCACGGCUUAUUUUGCAAUGCAUGCUUGCAUCUCGUUGCUGGACAAGCUCGGCAGUGAGAACACCAGUCAUGACAUUUAAAAUCCGCGCUAAUACACAGCAGAGUCUUGAGCUUCCCCAGAGUAUGCUUCUCCCUUGACCCCAAG